UGAGAUGUUUUGUCCGUUGGCUUUAUGUGAAUGAGAGAGAAGCUGCCCAGUGAAAAGUCACCACAGCAGGACCGUGCGCGCCUCCUCGCCUCAUAUGCUCUCGUGUGACACAAUGGAUUCCUGUUUUCGCGCACUUUGUAUGACUUUUGUCCUGGCAUCGUUCAGCCGGAGGUCAGGUGCGAGCGGACCGGUGAUCAGAUGCGAGCCGUGUGACGUUGGAGCGCGACUUUUGUGCAAACCUUUACCCAAAGACUGCGCCGAGAAGGUCCGAGAACCGGGCUGCGGCUGCUGCAUGACCUGCGCGCUCAGCUUCGGGCAGCCGUGCGGCGUGUACACCGGGAGAUGUGGCUCCGGGCUGACAUGUCAACAUCAGCCCGGUGAAACCAAACCUCUGCAGGCUCUGCUGGAGGGACGGGGGAUCUGUGCAAACGCUACAACCAAGAGACAAACCGUCAGACCGACGCCACCAGUCAAUGAAUUGCCAGAGAAUGCUGAGACUCAGGACGAGGAGAGGAAUUCCACCGGCUCAGGUAUUCAGACCUCGUACAGCACCCACAGACCCACCGGACCACUCAGGCCUCCUCUUCACCCCUUCUUCCCCUCUGCCAAGUCCGAGGUCCUCAGACGGGAGCAGCAGAAGAGAACCCAGAGCUUUAAAAGAGAGGAUCUCCCAGGCCCACUCAUCACAGACCAGCAAAACUUCUCUCUAGAAACCAAACAGGAGCCUGAGUAUGGUCCCUGUCGAAGAGAGAUUGAGAGCAUCCUCAGCAACCUCAAGAUCACCAACAUCCUCAACCCCAGAGGUUUCCGCAUUCCAAACUGUGACAAGAAGGGCUUCUACAAGAAAAAGCAGUGCCGUCCAUCCAAAGGCAGAAAGCGAGGCUUCUGUUGGUGUGUGGACAAAUACGGGCAGCCUUUGCCAGGUUUUGAUGGGAAGGAGCGAGGAGACGCCCAGUACUACAACUCUGAGAGCCAAUAGGAGCGGAGCGGGACGGGGGGGAGGGAGGUUGGGAGUGUGCAAGAAGAAUUGUAAACAAAUGGAGACACUGAGGAUAUUGGAAGAGAGGUCAAGAGAUGGCUCGGCCCGAUAUAUGGAUGUUUUGCUAUUUCUGUUGCCUGUGGGACCUUUUUUCUGAGGCAGAGCAAAGGGGAACAGAGGAAGAGUACCAAGAGGAGGAGAGCUUGUACAUUCUGUACUUUUAUGUGAUGGAUGGAUUCUUCAUAAGCUGUUUUGUCUCUGACUUGACCUGGAUGCCUUCUGGGGAGAUGAUAAAAGAAUUAGUCUCGAUUCCUUUUUCGAAUUCUAAAACGCAGAAACACGUCACAAACAGUGAAGCGAUCGCUCCUCAUUUACGCACAAUUAGAUGGCAUUGCAUAUGUGUACAUGCUUGUGACGUGUAAUCUUUAUUUGUAUGCUUGUGAUUUGUUAUAAAGACAUUGAGUGUGGUCAUGACAACCAUAAACUGUAUGUUUGAACAUGUCCUGCAGAGUAAGCAUGCAGUGCCUUACUAUGGUUUCAUAUUUGUAUGAACUUUAUUCCGGUUGCUUCCUCCUCAGGGAGUUGGAUGUGACUGUGCAGCUCACACUCUACAGUGCAUAUAAAGAUUUUUGGUUUUUUUGUGUAUGCUGGAUCUCAAACCACAGAAAAUGGGGACAUUUCUUCUACUCUGUAUUGUGGUUUAUACCGUUUUGUUGUCACUUUGCAUAAGCUGAAUAUUAGAGAUAAAGGCCUCUAACCAUUAUCUCUGAUGCCUGUGUAGCCAGUGAUAUUUUUCAGCACUUGUCUCAGUUUAAAUAAAUAUGCUGUUUGCAUGUACAAUGCAACCCUCAGAGGUCUAUUUUUACUUAAUAAAGGCAGUAUAAAAAUU